AUGGAGGCGGCGGCUCGCCUCCCCUUCCCCCUCCUCGUCGUCUCCGCCCUCCUCCUCCUCCUCUCGCCUCCGCGGCCGGCGGCGGCGGCGCCGCUGCGCAUCCAGCCGCUCGCCACCGCCGCGCUGCGCCGCCUCUACGACACCUCCAACUACGGCAGGCUGCAGCUCAACAACGGCCUCGCGCUCACUCCGCAGAUGGGGUGGAACAGCUGGAAUUUCUUCGCCUGCAACAUCAACGAGACGGUCAUCCGCGAGACAGCUGACGCGCUGGUGUCCACGGGACUGGCUGCGCUGGGCUACAACUUCGUAAAUAUUGAUGAUUGCUGGCCCUACGUGAAAAGAGGAAAGCAGGAUCAAUUGCUGCCUGAUCCGAAGACUUUCCCUUCAGGCAUCAAAGCCCUUUCAGAUUAUGUGCAUGGGAAAGGUCUGAAACUUGGUAUAUACUCUGAUGCUGGGAAAUUUACUUGCCAAGUUCGACCUGGAUCACUCGAUCAUGAAAAUGACGAUGCUGCGAUCUUUGCUUCAUGGGGUAUUGAUUACCUAAAGUAUGACAACUGCUACAAUUUGGGAAUAAAGCCUCAGAAAAGAUAUCCUCCUAUGCGAGAUGCUCUUAACUCAACUGGGCGCCAAAUAUUCUACUCUUUGUGUGAAUGGGGCCAGGAUGAUCCAGCCUUAUGGGCUGGCAAAGUGGGCAAUAGUUGGCGUACAACUGAUGACAUAACAGAUACAUGGAAAAGCAUGACAGACAUUGCUGAUAAGAACAACAAGUGGGCGUCAUAUGCUGGACCUGGUGGUUGGAAUGACCCAGAUAUGCUGGAAGUAGGCAAUGGUGGCAUGACCUUAGCGGAGUAUCGCUCACAUUUUAGCAUCUGGGCUCUCAUGAAGGCCCCUCUAUUAAUUGGCUGUGAUGUCAGAAACAUGACUUCUGAAACAAUGGAAAUAUUGAGCAACAAAGAAGUAAUUCAAGUUAACCAAGAUCCUCUUGGAGUUCAAGGAAGAAAAAUUUUAGGAGAAGGAAAAUAUGGAUGCCGCGAGGUGUGGGCUGGUCCCCUGUCUGGAAAUCGGCUUGUUAUUGCCCUAUGGAACCGUUGUUCAGAGACUGCUAAUAUUACAAUGAAACUGCCAGCAGUAGGCCUUGAUGGAUCAGCUGCCUAUUCUGUUAGGGACCUGUGGAAGCAUGAAACUCUAUCAGAAAAUGUCAUAGGAACUUUUGGCGCUCAAGUUGACGUGCAUGAUACCAAGAUGUACAUCUUUUCUCCUGCAACCAGUUUCGCUUCAAUUUGA